GCGCACGCGUGCGAAACUGCGUGGGAAUGGCUGUUUGUGUGAUCGAGGGGGUUGGGCCGCUUGGAGCGAGCGGUGAGCUGCAUGAGUUUGUAAUGUCCGCCAUGUUGGCCAUGGCGUAUUGAACCGGGGAGGAACAGCGGAGCCUAGGAGAGAAAGAGACCGACAGAGAGCGACCGAGACCCGGGCCUGCCCGGCUCUGUUCGCGCUGCUAGCCAAGCCCGCCCUCAAUCGACCGCCUGACUCUGAGACCGUCACAGAUUCAUCCAUGAGAACUCGAGGCAGACCUGCUGUUAUUCCUAGCAGAUCGAAUAGAUUUAUGCUGCAUCUUUUAUUAUAAAAAUGAGUAAAUUGUCGUUUCGGGCACGGGCGCUGGAUGCUAGUAAGCCCCUGCCCGUCUUCCGCUGCGAGGAUUUGCCAGACCUGCACGAAUAUGCCUCAAUCAACCGGGCAGUGCCGCAGAUGCCAACUGGGAUGGAAAAGGAGGAGGAAUCGGAGCACCAUCUCCAGCGGGCCAUCUCGGCGCAGCAGGUGUACGGAGAGAAGCGGGACAACAUGGUCAUCCCCGUGCCCGAGGCAGAGUGCAACAUCACGCACUACGAGUCCCUCUACCCCGGGGAGUUCAAAAUGCCAAAGCAGCUUAUUCACAUACAGCCUUUCAGUUUGGAUGCAGAGCUGCCAGACUACGACCUAGAUUCGGAGGAUGACACGUUUGUGAAUAAGCUGAAGAAGAAAAUGGAAAUCACGGCCCUGCAGUUUGAAGAGAUGAUAGACCGACUGGAGAAAGGCAGCGGACAGCAGCUCGUCAGCCUCCAGGAGGCCAAGCUGCUGCUGAAGGAGGACGACGAGCUGAUCAAGGAGGUGUUUGACUACUGGAGCCGCAAAAGGAAAACCUGCAAGAUCGGCUGGCUCAUCCCCACCGUCAAGCAGGAGAAGAGGGACGGCUCGAGCACCAGCGACCCCUACGUGGCCUUCCGCCGACGGACCGAGAAGAUGCAGACCAGGAAGAACCGAAAGAAUGACGAGGCGUCAUAUGAGAAGAUGCUGAAGCUGCGCAGGGACCUGAGCCGAGCUGUCACCAUCUUGGAGAUGAUCAAAAGGAGGGAAAAGAGCAAGAGGGAACUGCUGCACCUCACACUGGAAAUAGUAGAAAAGAGGAACACGAUGCCAGACUUUGGCAGCGAGGUGAUGGCUGAAGCACUGGCGCAGCGAGCUCUAGUGAAACCUGUCUACACCAUCCCCAUCAUUCCCCUGUCCAGCAGUAACCAGUACAGACACCAGGACCACUUGGACAUGAAGGACUACAAGAAACCUGAGAAGACGGAAGCAGUGCGAACCAAAAGGAAAUACGAGAAGAAGCCCAAAAUCCCUCCACCGUCAGCGCCGCAGCAUUCAGGGCCGUCCGUGUUCAAUCCCAAGGACCUCAACCAGUACGAUUUCCCCAGCUCGGACGACGAACCGUUCUCACAGAUCUAUUCAGGUUCCUCGGAGGCGGAAGAGGAGAAUGACCCAGAUGGCUGCUAUGCGUUCAGGAGAAAGGCCGGCUGUCAGUACUACGCUUCUCGUCCAGACCAGAGUGGCAGCUGGCCCUGGGUGAGCCCGUCAGAGGGAGGGCUCGGCGACCCUCGUUUCCGAUACUGUCUGACCUCGCUGAACGUGCCACGACGCUGCAUAGGAUUGGCGCGGCGUCGCGUGGGCAGAGGGGGAAGGGUCUUGUUGGACAGAGCGCACACAGAUCUAGACGGCAUCUGCCUGGACUCCGACCCGGAGCCCGAACCACUCGCCUCACCACUUUCAAGCUCUCCGCUCCGCAAUUCCAACGCCAGUACCUCAGAAACCAAUACCUCGGACCCGACCCGCUCCACCCGCCUCCCCUCGUCUUCGCCCCUGUCGUCGUCGACGCCUAUGGACCUCAGCCAGAUUCUUUUGAACAUUAAAGCUAGCCGCUGGAGGCACUUCCGACCACGGACGCUAUCCCAUCACCCUUCGGGUGGGGGAGACAUGUCUCGUAGGGGUUUUGGAGAUUUUAGUCGCACGGUGUCAGGACUAACACGGACCCUGUCUGGAGGAGCCAGCGCCCAGAACCGCAUGGGGUCGGCCACCACUCCUGUCCAUGUGUUCACGGCUGAGCAGUACCAGCAGCACCAGGAGCAGCUGGCCCUCAUGCAGAAACAGCAGCUGGAGCAGAGCCAACAGCAGCAACAAGCCAGCAACCCCGUACCGUCCACCAACGCACAGGCGCUCGUGUCCAAGACGUUGGAUCAGGCCAGCGCCCAGUUCGCUGCUUCAGCUCUCGUCACCACGGAUCAGCUGUUGACUUUUCCCAAGUCCAAAGAUGAGCUUGUGCUGGCGAGUGGAGUCAACGGGGUCCUGGCAGGGGCAGGUGUCUUCAAAGGUCUGCACCUCUCCAGCACCGCGGCGUCACACACUACCACCGCCCCGACUUUCCUCCAGCCCUCCUCCAACUCGGCCACCCCGCUGCCCGCCAGCGCCGUCCCCGCCUCCCUCAACUCCACCCCCGGCGCUCACGCGGCGGCGACGGCGCUGGGGCUCCUGGGGUGCAGCGCCGCCGGUGCCACCCCCGCCACCACUCAGGUCCUCAUCGGGAACAACAUCUGCCUGAGCGUGCCGUCGGCCGCCAGCCUGCCUGGACGCCACAUCCCCCGGACCCUCGGCAAUGUGCCACCCUCUGCCUUAAAGCUGUCCACCACCACCAACCUGCAGAUGCCCAAAGUCUCUGGAGCGUCGUCCAUGGACAUGAGCUCCAGGGAAAACCACGACGAAGACAAGCCUGCACUGAACAGUAUAGCAGACAACACAGUGGCCAUGGAGGUGACGUAGUAGCGGUGCAGUGAAGAGUCCACUCUUUAGGUGCUGUGCAUCGUAGCAUCGGGAAUGCAAAAGGGACAGCGGGACUCGGAGCGGCAGAACGACGAGCGGCCGCAGCCGCUCGCUCACUAUUCUCAUCUCUCAUCCUUUUUAAGCCGUUUUUCCUUUUCGCUUUUUGUUACUGUUAAAAAUAAAAAUAUUGACACGUGUAAAUUAUGAAUAUGGCAAAAUUAGUAUCUGUACAGUAACUGCAUAUUUGUAAUAUCCCCCUUGUAUAUAUUACUUGAAUACAGAACUGUCCAUUUGUGAUGUUUUGCACUUGGGAGUCAAAGUUAAAGGAAAAAAAAGAAAGCCAAGUAACUUGUGGCGAGCGGGAAAGAAGUGGGAGUUGUAUAGAGAAGAGUUUUAUCACAUCAUGUGCAUGGUGCGGAGCCUGCUGUUUUUAUCUAUUUAUUGUGCUGUGUUUACAGUUUUUUUUUUUCCUGUUUUGUUUUUGGUUUGGUUUGUUCCUUUUUUUUUUAAAUUUUUUUUUUUUUUUUAUUUGUACACUGUACCUUCGUUGGUUCCUGUGCUGUAGUAAAUGUUAGGUAGCUACGGACUCCUGGGUAUUUUUGUAUAUUGUGAACACAAAAAGCAGGUUCCCUCCCCCCAUGUUUAUUUUGGGUCCCUGUGCUUCUCUCUGUGGAUCAUGUGAAUAAUCAGUGGUGACAUACAUACAGACCAGGAGGCCGGGAGGAGGAUGGAGAGGCGGUGGUGUGUUGGCAGGUGACUGGAUCCCUCGUAGAGAGGCGCUCCUCUCUUCCAGGGAGCUUCCGUUAACAUUGUCCCAAACACAAGUAACAAAACAGGGAUGAAGUCUCUUCCCAGAAGCGUCAGCUGCUUCUGAUCCAAGCACUAUUUUUCGUGAUGUUUUUUGUCAUGGUUUUGAUAACUAUCAAUGCUGCUUUUGUAUUUAGUUUUUAAAGGGGUCGCAGUCCCCUUUCUAUUUGUUUUAUCCAACAAACAUUUUUCUAAAACGAGAAUUCAGUUAUUUUUGUAUUUGUUUUUAUUUUUAUUUUUUUUUUCUUGUGGUAAACUUGAUUGUAAGCUCUUCGUUUAUUGAAAGACUUCAUUCUUUUGUUAAUUUGUUACUUGUUCAUGCAUAGGUGAUAAGGGAGGUGAAUGGGCAGUGAUCGCUGUACGUGUUUCAUCAUUCCAGUUUUUAAAUACAAAAGAUGCUAACGAGGGGAAGGAGGGGUUGUGAGAAGAAGAGGUCUCUUCCUCAUUUUCUUUAAGUUCCUUUUUUUUUUCUUAUUUUUUUUUUUUUUUUCUUUGAAAAAUGAAUCUCCAGACGGCUGCAAGGCCAAAAACCACAAGUAUUGGGUGCCUUCCUUUGGGGAAUUUAAUGUACUCUCUUCUGUGAAGAGUUAGGCACAAAGGCAGCAUUACAUAGUAGUGCUUUUGUCUUUGUCAGAAUCUGAAUGCCCAGUCCAAUGGCAGGAUAUAUCCUUGAGGUUUACUUGUCCCACCUGGAGGCUGAAAAGACUAAAAAAAAAAAAAAAAAAAAAAAAAUGUGACAGAUCUCUCACUAAAAUAAGACAAUAAAGCCCAGGGCAUUAAAUGUGAA